CACAACUCACAAAAAUAUUUAGAUUUGUAAAUAAUAAUAAGGAUGCUGGUCUUUGAUGAAUCUUCGCGUUUAUAAUGAAAUGUAAUUCUAUUUUGAAUUAUUUCUCUGUUUAAACCCUGAUUGAUCUCUUUGGCACCUUCGGACUCAGGUAUUUCGGUGCAUUGCCAGGAACUGCCUCUCACUAACGCGCUCAGCCACUGGAUUGCAGGGGAACCCUCAGCCCUGAGUGAACCCUGUCAAAAAGUAUGGCGGAACAGAAUUUCGCUAAAGGAGGGAAACAGAAGGUCCCUCGUGCUGGACAGGUUAAAAACAAAACUCCGGCUGAUAUACAGAUCACUGCUGAACAGCUCCUUCGAGAGGCGAAGGAACGCCAGCUUGAAGUUGUUGCUCCGCCGCCAAAGCAGAACAUCACUGAUCCGGUUGAGUUAGCUGACUUUCAGCUUCGGAAGCGAAAGGAAUUCGAAGAUGGCAUCCGUCGCAAUCGUAACAACAUUAGCACUUGGAUCAAGUAUGCGCAAUGGGAGGAAACGCAGAAGGAAAUCCAGAGAUGCCGGUCUGUCUUCGAGCGGGCGCUUGACGUUGAGCACCGCAAUAUCACGCUUUGGUUAAAAUUUGCUGAAAUGGAGAUGAGAAACCGACAGAUAAAUCAUGCUCGCAACAUUUGGGAUCGCGCAGUGACGAUAAUGCCCAGAGCCAACCAGUUUUGGUAUAAAUACACGUACAUGGAAGAAAUGCUGGAAAACGUUGCUGGAUGCAGGCAGGUGUUUGAACGCUGGAUGGAGUGGCAUCCGCAUGAACAAGCAUGGUUGAGCUUUAUCAAUUUCGAGAUGCGCUAUAAAGAAUUAGACCGAGCGCGGGCCAUUUAUGAGCGUUUCGUACUGGACCAUCCGGAUGUAAAAAACUGGGCAAGAUUCGCUCGAUUUGAGGAACAGAAUGGGUUCGUCAAUGGAGCAAGAAAAGUUUUUGAACGCGCUGUGGAAUUUUACGGCGAAGAUCAAGUUUUUGAAGAACUUUAUGUUGCCUUUGCUCGCUUUGAGGAAAGACAGAAAGAAUUCGAGCGUGCGCGUACCAUUUAUAAAUAUGCUCUGGAUCAUCUCUCAAAGGAAAAGGCAGCGGAUCUUUUCAAGAAUUAUAGCAUCUUCGAAAAGAAGCAUGGAUCCCGAAUCGGAAUUGAAGAUGUUGUUUUGAACAAGCGCAAAUUUCAGUAUCAGGAGGAGCUGAAACGCGACCCCACAAAUUACGAUGCCUGGUUUGACCUUCUAAAAAUCCUCGAAGAAGAAGGAAAUCAUGAUGCCGUUCGUGAAGGUUACGAAAGGGCCAUUUCCAAUGUGCCACCCGUGGAAGAAAAGCGUUACUGGCGGCGAUAUAUCUACCUGUGGAUACGCUAUGCAGUCUUUGAGGAAUUAAUUGCAGAUGAUAUUGACCGGACCAGACAAGUGUUUACAGCAUGCAUCAACUUAAUUCCACACAAAAAAUUCACAUUUGCCAAGAUUUGGUUACUGUUUGCACAAUUUGAAAUCCGUCAGAAGAGACCAGCCGAUGCAAGAAAGAUCUUGGGUGUGGCGAUAGGCAAAUGUCCGAAAGAUAAAUUAUUCCGCGGAUACGUUGAACUGGAAGUGCAGCUACGAGAAUUCGAUCGAUGCCGACUGUUAUACGAAAAGUUUUUGGAAUUUGAGCCGGGUAACUGUUCUACGUGGAUGAGAUAUGCCGAGCUGGAAGCAGUACUGGGUGAUGUGACUCGCGCACGAGCGAUUUAUAAUUUGGCUGUAAAUCAGCCUCGUUUGGACAUGCCGGAAGUACUAUGGAAAUCGUUUGUCGACUUUGAAAUAGAACAGAAAGCAGUAGAUCGCGCCCGUCAGCUGUACGAGCGCCUGUUGCAGCGUACUAACCAUGUCAAGGUUUGGAUAAGCUUCGCGCAAUUUGAAGCCGGGAUUGGGGAUGGCGACGCUGUCCAGAAAGCUCGCGCCGUGUACAGACGAGCUUUAAGAACGCUGCAGAAUGAAAAUGCCGAUAAAGAAGAACGCGUAAUUUUAUUGGAAUCAUGGAUGGCAUUUGAGGAAACGUAUGGCGAUGAGAAGUCGAAGGAAGAAGUUCGGAAAGAAAUGCCCAAACGGAUCAAGCGUCGACGGAAGAUUCAAACCGACGACGGUGCCGAAGCAGGAUGGGAGGAAUAUUUCGAUUAUAUUUUCCCCAGCGAUGAGGUCGCUCAGCCUAAUCUCAAGCUUCUUGCUUUGGCACGGCAGUGGAAAAAAGAGAAGCAGACGCUUCCUACCCAAGAAGAGGCAGAACGCGAGACAGGUGAUAACGUUCCAGAAAACGACAUGGAUGCGGAUAGCGAAUCAUCAAGCAGUUCUGGUCCCGAUUAGCUGACAAAAUAACUGUGCAUCCAUAACUGUGCAUCCAUUGCCAUCCAAGCUGUUAUGUUCACAUUGCACUAUAUUCGGAAAUGUUUCCCGAGCGACACACUCAGUGUCUCAAGAUUCACUGUUUUGUUAAUCGUUAUCUUUAAUUAGUUCUGCUUUCGCAUGCGGAACUGGAACUACUAUAACAAUACUACUGGAACUACUAUGGAAAUACUAUAACAAGAAACAAAAACCACACAAAU